AAUUAUUAAAUGUCAUUUUUUGAAUAAUAAGGCUAAGAGUUAUAGAUUAGGAAAGCAGACUUAGAUGAUUACGAUGAAAUAAUGUAAUUAAUGUAAGAGGAAGGUGAGGAAGACUUACAAUAACUUUAUGCAUAUCCAAAGAUUCUAACAUUAUUUGAGAGAUCUUAUUUGUCAGUGACAGUGCUUGAUUCCUAGAAUAGUAUAAUAGGAAAUGCAGUGUUUAAUGAUUGUCCAUAAGGAGUGACAGGAUAAGUGGAUUUUAAGCACGAGAAUUUAUGGGAAUAGUGGAUUCAUGAUGGAUGGGACUUAGGGUUUCAUGUCAGUUCAUUUAACUGUCUAUGGAUGACAUUCUUUUUUCUUGGUAAUGAUUGAUUAUUAAAAAUUAGCUAAGAAGCGAUUUUAAUUGAAUGAAGAACAACAGUUACAGAUCACAAAACAAAUCUUUCAGAAAGUAUAUGAUUAUUUGAAUGUGGUUAAUGGUAUUUUCUUUUUAAGGAGAAGUGAGGCUAUUGAUGCUACUUAAUAGGAAUUGGAUAUUGCAUUAGUAAAUUUAUUUGAAGUGUUACCGAAGAGAUAAGAUUUUAAAUUGAAAGUAUAGAAUUUAUUAUGAAUAUAUAAUAGUUUAUGUAAGGAGUAAAUUAGAAUUGUGAGAUAUACUAUUCUGCAUCUUCAAUGGUAACUGAAUUAUUAGAAAUUCGUAUGGCUAGAGAAGAAGAUCAUGAUGAUUUAGCUGCCAUAUUUAAUCGUUAAUCAGAUGUACAUACUGAAGAAUUUGGUGAAUUCUUUAUUGCUGAUUUGAUUGCAACAUAGAAUCAGACUAGAAGAUAAGCAAGGAAUUAUAGAAGUGAUGGAAAAGCAAUAGUAGGACAAGUAGGAGAUAAGGCAGUUGGAUUGAUGAGUAUUUCUAGUGAUAUUGAGUAAGAACCUUCCUCUAAAGUAGUUAUCGUCUACUAGGUUAAUGUUUUGAUUUGGAAGUGUUUGACAAUCUAUACAAAUCAGAAUAUAUGGAAGCCAUUAGAAAUAGACUAGAUCAAUUAGCACUUGAGGAAUAAAUCAAUAAAUAAAUUGUCACAUAUAAAAAACACAUUGAAUUAACUAAAGAAGCUAUGAAAUGCCAUAUUAUAGGAUAAAGAUUAUAUUUAUAAUAAUAUUGUUUUGAUAGAGAUUAAGAUAUCAAAUAAAAGAUUGAUGAUUAUGGGUAGGAAGAUUUAGCUAAAACACUUACUUAAUAGGUAGUUUCGAAUAUGAUAAAUACUUGGUUAAAAGAUUAUUAAGUAUUUAAACCUAGUGAUUUAUUUUUGGAAUAUCCUGAUUAAUUUAAAGAUUUAGAAUGCAUUACUAUUAAACCUAUUUAAGUUUUAUUAGAAGCUCUUGAAUUCUUUGGAUUACCUAAAGGAUAUAUGAAUGGAGAAGGUCAUUGGAAAGAUUGGGCAAAAAAGAAAGAAGAAGAAUAAAAAGCACUCUCUCUUAAGAGACCUAAACGUUAAUAAAAGAAAACUAAUAAAAAAGCAAAAAAAGAAGAUAAAGAUGAAGAUAUCUUCAAACCACCUCCCUAUUUUGAUUUAGGACCUUUUUUAUAAGCUUUUACUAAAUUUACUUCAGUUUCAGCUGAAACUAGAACAUAGUUCAGAAAAUAAAUUGAAUCAAGACUUAAAGAAUUAAUCAUGGAAUUUUGUACAGAAAAUGGAGAAAUGGAUCCUAGUAGACAUAUUGAUUUAAUUGAAUUUCCUGAAGUCUUAAGAAAUAAAGGAUUCGAUAUAGGAGCACCUAUGGGAGAGAACCUUGCAUUUAUUCUUGAAUGUUUUGGGGAAUUAGAAGUUGAUAAUAGAAUUGUUUAAAAAAUUAAAGAAGAAAAAGAUGCAAAAAAAAAAGAUGCUAAUCUUAAAAAAGUUGGAGAUGAUGCUCCUAAACCUGUUGAUGUUUUAUAAAAAAUGACUUCUUAUAGUGAAUUUAUUGGAGCCAUUUAAAAACUUAAAAUUUAUGAUUAAAUGAUGUGUAGAUUAUAAUUAGUUCGAUCAAAUACAUUAUAGAAUGAAGUUGAAGAUAUUAUUUUAGAAGAAUAAAAUAAAAUUAAUAAUCUUGAAAAAUCUAAAGAUAUUUAAAGAAAUUAAACAUAAUUUGAUGAACAUGUUUCAUAAAUUCAAUCUAUUGAUUAACUUCCAGAAGUACCUAAAGCUGCUUAAAAUGCGGUUGUUAUUAAUCUUUUUUGUAUAGAUGAAAGAUUUGAAUCAAGAUCUCUUGAUUUUGUAGAAAGAGCCUUUGAACUAUUUCCUGACAGAGAGUAUCUGAUAUUAACAUAACCAUAUACAGUUUAAGAAACUACUUUAUUAUCACAUUUUCUAUAAGUAUAAAGAAAGAAGCAUUCAACUUUUGAACAUGUUCUUUAUAUUUUCCAUAGAAAUAGUCUAGAUUCUCAUUUAAUUGAAUUAAGAAAAUUUAAUUAAAAUGAAUGGAAUUAAUGUCAAUUCUUAGUAGAUAAUCUUUUGGGAAAAGAAAAUAUUGAAAAAGAUAUUAGAAAUGUAAAUGAAAAUGAAACAUUUGUUGUCUAUUGCAAAGAUGAGAUUAUUGGAUUAUAUUGUAUGAAAAAGUAUGUAAAUCUAUAAUAUUUGAAAUCUCAUUUCUGUAUAUAAGAUCAUAUACUAAUUAAGGAACAUCCCAAACAUUUACAUACUAGAUUAUUACAUGGUAUUUUGAAUCCAUUAUUUGCAAAAUAAACAAGAUUUAUUUUAAGAGAGAUUUGUAGAUUAAUGGAUAAAACAUGUAUAAUGUUAGAAAUUCAUGAUCGUACACUUUUACCUGAUAUAUUUCAUGAAUUUAAUUUUGUAAGAAGUCGUGCAUUUCCUCAUUUUUUGAAAUAGAAAUGGGAUUGGACACUUGAUGAAGAUUAAAGAUAAAGAAUGGGAGCAAUAUUAGAUGAUCGUGAUCCAUAUGAUUAAGCAUAAUCACCAUUUUCAUUAGCAAUGCUCACUAAAAAAUAAUUAUCAAGUGUAAAGAUAUCUAACAAUUCUCGUAUUGUAGUUGUUGGAGCAUCUGAUACAGGAUUAUCUUUUAUAGAAUCAUUACUUACAAUAAAGGAUAUAAAUUUUACAAAUAUUAUAUUAUUAGCUCCAGGUGGAUUAAUUACAAUGCAUGUUAAACAUGAAUUUGAAAUGUUGAAAUCAAUGAGUACAAAUUAUACAUUGGAAGAGUUGAGAGCAUUAAUGAUUGAUGCAAGAGUAUAAGUAGUAGAUGCUAAAAUGGUUAAAUUAGAUAAAAAAGGAAAUAGAAUUAAAAUUGAUAAAAAUGCAUUUAUUCCAUUUGAUUAUUUAAUAAUAACUGUAGGUUUGAUUGAUACUGAAUUAUAAUCAAGAGAAAAAAUAAGUUUUGGUUUAUCGAAAUCUCCUUAUUAUAAGAAUUCAUAAUUUAUAAAUGGAGUUUAUAGCAUAGAUGAUCCAUAUUUAUAUUCUCAUUUUAAAAGAACAGGAUUUAAAGGAAGUAAUAUUGAUUUGUUAACAAGAAAGAAAAAACCUUAAAAUAUAACAAUUUAUGGUAAUACAUUGACAACAAUAACAUUUAUGAAUGGAUUAUUAAAUAGAGGUGUACAUCCAUCUCGUAUUACUUAUGUGAUGCCACCAAAGACAUUUUAGAAAUAGACUAGAUUUGAGAAUAAUAAAUAGAGAUUAGAAUAAGAAGAUAAGAUGAUAUUUGAUCCAGAUUAAUUUGAAAAUGAGGAAGUUAAAAAUAAAGUAUUUGAUAUAAUGAUGAAUUUGGGAAUAAAAAUUCAUUAUGGAUUUACAUUGUAUGAAUUAAAAGUAGGAAAGGAAGGAUUUGGAUUAAAUAGUGAAGAUAUGUUAUAAGAAGUGAUUUUUAGAAAAUAAGCAGAUAAUUAUGAAGAAUUAAAAAUAGAGAUUUAAAGAAAAGAAUAAGAACUAUAAGAAUUGAAAGAUAAUUCUGAAAAUAAUAUGAGUAAAGAUAUGUAUGGAGAAUAAGAGGAAGGGGAAAAUUAAUUAGAAGUAUUGGCUAGAGAAAUUGAAUAACUCAAAGCAAGUGAAUAUGAUUAUUUAUAAUUGGAUUCAAGAUUCUUUAUUACUAGUGGUUUAAUAGAUAUUGAUAAAGAAAUAUUUAAUAUUAUUCAUGAAAAUGGAUUAGUAUAUAAUGGUAGAUUGAUUGUUAAGAGUAAUUUCCAAACAACUUAAGAAAAUAUAUUUGCUUGUGGUAAGAUAUGUGAGUUUUCUUAAAGAUAUAAACAUCAUUCAGUUGGUAAAAGUUUACGAUUAGAUAAAUAUAAUGGUAGAGAACUUGGUUAAAAAUUAAGUAAAUGCAUUCUAGAAUAAUUAAACUUAAGUUAUUUAACAUCUUAAACUUAUUCAGUAGAUGAACUUCCAUAAUUAUAUAUGCCUAUUGGAUAAGGUGGAAUUGUACCAUACAAACUUUAUUAUUAUUAUAUUAAAAAGAAUGAUUUCUCAAAACCUAAACAAUUAUAAUAAUUACCAACAAAACCUAUAGUUUCUGAUAAUUUCAAAGACUCUAAAGGUCAUUUCUUGUAAUUUGACGUUGACCCUAAUGGACUUAUUGAAAGUCUAACUUAUUUUGGUUCUGAAGCUGUUCAUAUACCAAGUUUAAUACAUUUUAUUGAAUUAUCUGUUAGAUAUCUGAAUAAAUUAGAUUAAAGAGGUAAACUUAUUAAUAAUGUAUCCGAAUUUUUAUCUGAAAAUUGGGCUAUUGCUCUUUAUCAUGAAUGGUUUAGUGAAUUUAGACAUAUUACUAAAAGUGAAAUGCUAAAAAAUGAACUAAUUGAUCAAGUUCUUGAAAAAUCAUAAGAAUAUGCUAGAGAUGGUCGUUAUAUGGAUGAUAAUUUCUUUGAGGAAAUUAAAAAACUUAUCACCAGAGAUAUUGUAGAAAACAUAUAAGUAUUUUUACUUAUUAUUAAUUCUUUAGGAAGGUACCAUCGAAUUUAUAAGAGAAAAUUAGAACCAUUUACCUAUGUACUUUGUACCAAAAAAGAAACUUAAUUGAAAUAUUAUUUGAAAUAAAAUAUUAUGAG